GAAACGGCACGAAACGCAAAGGAAACAACAGUUCAAACGCGUUGCGAAAAGCACGAUUUUUGUGGGCUGGUAAGUAAUUGUCGUUUAUUUUUGAAACAAUGGCAAGUGAAGAGCAAGUAGAGGAAGAUGCUUCUGAAUUGAAGUUCCCCAAAGAGUUUGAACAAGCAGAAACAUUGUUGAUUUCCGAAGUUCGAAUGCUGCUGGAGCAUCGGAAGACUCAGAAUGAAAAUCAGGAAGAGGAACAGGAGCUGAGUGAGGUUUUUAUGAAAACAUUACAGUACACAGAACGGUUCUCGCGUUUUAAAAAUAGGGAAACCAUUGCAGAUGUAAGAAGUUUGAUGAAGCAAAAACAACUGCAUAAGUUUGAAGUAGCCUCAUUGGCCAAUCUCUGUCCAGAUACUGCAGAUGAAGCUAGAGCAUUGGUUCCUAGCUUGGAGGGUCGAUUUGAUGACGAAGACUUACAAGAAAUGAUGGAAAACAUUCAGACCAAAAGAAGCUUUCAGUAUUGAGGAAUUGAUACACAGGCAACAGAGGGCAGCACACUAGAAGUCAAACCCACUAUCAGCAUUGUACAAUCAUGGACCUAUUAGUAUUAAUAGGUCCAUGGCAUGGUGCAAUCAUGUGUGUUUUACUCAUGAUUGGAAAUGAAUCAGGAGAUUGCAACAAUGUAUUGUGGAGAUAUUGUAGGAUAUUUUCUAAGUUGUAAAUAUAACCUAUUUAAAAACAGGGUUAUUACUUGUGUAGGCUAAUUGGAGAGUAUGAUAUGUUCCUGCUAAAUGACAAAGAAUUUCAGGAUGUGGAAGAUUUGCAGAACACAAGUGAAGCCAGCGUUUAAGAUGCUUGCCCUCUAAUUCCAAGUUCUUUUGUGGAAAUUUUGUGAGAAAACAGGAUUUUUCCUUCUAACAACAGAACUCUCUGUGUAUCAUAAUAUGACUGAAACUCUGUUCAGAUUGAAUUUUUUGUCUAAAUAACAAGUACGGACGUCCUUGCAUAACAUUAAAUUUAUUCAUAUUUACCACAAAACCACAUUUGGGACCUAAAAUUUGGGAUGGUCUCGGAGCUUAGUUCGCUUUGAUUUUUUGUUGGUACAGUACUUUGAAAAAUUGGUCUCGAAUUAGAGAAAUAUCAGAACUGAAGUGAUUUCGAGUAUGAAUUGUACAAUUUUACCAAAGUAGAGUUAUCCUUUGUUUUAGUCUAAGUUAAUCCAGUGCAAACACAUUUUUAGUUUGUGAAGUAACAAUUCACCCUGUAACCUUGUGAGUGUCUUCUUGCUGUUAACAUUCUUUUUUUUUUAUGAAACAACAAAUAAAUGAUAAUUUUGUUUUCAAAA